AUGCACCAACUUCCUUGCAUGUCAGUACAAAGAAGUUUGCUGCGCCCGGGGUUCAGUUGCCAGAAUGCCCCCGGGGCCUCCUGCCUGAACUGGCAGCUAAAAUCUCUGAACGAGAACCGUCUAGCUUUGCAAGGACGUCCUGCUCUUUUGGCACCGCAGAAUUAUGGCCAAGGUGGAGACCUGAGUACCCCUGACUCUAGGAGGCAGAGCGAGCCGCCGCCGCCGCCGCCAAUGCGCCAGGCUGGCGGCGCAGGAGGAGAUGACGCACAGGGCCGUGCGCUCCCCCCCCAAAAAGUGCUUCUCCCGGACGAAGAUGGCGGCAACUUAGCGCAGGGCCCCAAGAUGAGGGGGGCCCCCGGGCGGCAGGAGCAGCAGCAGCAGGAGCAGCCGCCGCAGCAGCAGAGGCAGCCGCAGCAAAAGCAGCAGCAAAAGCAACAGCAGCAGCCGCCGCCGCCGAGGCCGGGGUCUCCAAAGCAGCAGCAGCCGCAGCGGAAACAGCGGCGGGCGGGCGCGCGCUCGGGGACCCCCUCAGCAACCCCCGCGGGCGGGCAGGCGCCGGGGCUAGCCAGCGGGGCUCUCCCGCCCGGGGGGAGCGCCGCCUUGGGGGAGGGGGCGGCCGCGCGCGGCAUGAGGCAGGGCAGGCGACGGCCCGCGGCCCGGCCCAGCCCAGCCCAGCCCAGCGCGCAGGAGGAGCAGCGCCACCGCCGUCGCCCUUCGCCGCGAGGGGAGCCUGGCGCCCCGCCGCCCGCCGGCGUCCAUGCCCGUGGGGCCGUCGAGCCCGGCUGCGGAGCCCCCCUCGCCGUGCCGCCGGCCGGGGCUGCGCGCUCCCGAAAUAUGAGCAGCCGCCCCCCGGGAGGAGCCGGCUCGGGCGUGCGCUUCGGCCCGCGGGAGCCCGACAAGCCCUUCGCCGACUCGGAGCGGGCGCAGCGAUGGCGCCUCUCGCUGGCCUCGCUCCUCUUCCUCACCGUGCUGCUCUCGCACCACCUGUGGCUCUGCGUUGAGGCCCGACAGGUCGCCGCCGGGCCCCACCGGCACCGCCCGCCCGCCAUGGCCGGCCAGUGCUUCAGCCUGCUGGGCGCCCACGACGCCGACGACGCCUGCCGCCGCCUGCAGCCCGGCGCCCCGGUAGCAGCAGCAGCAGCCGCCUCCUCAUCCUCCGCUCCCUCCUCCUCCUCCUCCUCGGGCCCGGCCGAGCUCCACCUGCCCUUCUGCCAUGCCUACCCGCUGCGCCAGCUCCUCGCCGCCGGCCUGGCCCGCCCGGAGGCGCGCAACUGCACCCUGGAGGAGCCCGGCGGCCCGGCCCAGGAGCCCGGGGCUUGGCUGGGCGCCUGCCGCCGCUGCGUGCGCGCCUUCCAGAGGUCCGACCAGCAGGCGCAGGAGCGCUACCGCGAGUUCGAGCUCGUGCUCCAGAAAUACCUGCAAGCCGAUGAGUACUCGGUCCAGUCCGGCCCGGACGACUGCAAGGUAGGCGGGCGUCCCUGCUGGAGCGGGGCCAGGCGCGGGGAGACCCAGCUGGGGGCUGCGGGGGACACCGAGGCGGCGAUCCCCGGUCCUCUGGGAGGAGGGCAGAGGCGGCUUCCCUGCUGCGGGGAUCUGCCGGGGACUCCGCGCGGCCGCUUUGCCCGGGGCCGGCAUGCGAAGGCGUCUCGUUGGCCGGGAAGAGGGAUUGCGGGACAGAUCCCGCUUGGCACAAGGACGCCGGGGUUGGAAUGA